AUGGCAGCAGAACAAAGCAUACCGAUCUACACGAACCUGAACGAACUCUACCAGAACCUCGGAACGACUCUAAAUCAUGCUGAACGGUGGGACCAUCUUGCGAAAGAGUUUGCCCAGAGGUUUGGACGAAAGCCAGCCUAUAUUGCUCGAGCUCCUGGGCGGGUCAACUUGAUUGGUGAACAUAUCGAUUACGCCCUCUUUGGAGCAUUUCCUGCUGCUGUGGAACGGGAUAUCCUGAUUGCCUGUGCUCCGAGAUCGGCGACCAUCAGUGACGAAGGUGACCCAUCCCCGGCGCUAGAACCAUAUCAGACAUCCGGAUCAGGACAAGGGUCGGAUGCCGUCCAUGCCGAAGGGUGGCAUCUGGAAAUCAACCCAAAGGAACUUCGUUGGGAGAGCUAUGUGAAAGCUGGUUACUACGGAGUUUUGGAACAUUAUUUCCCCCCUUCUUCCGGUCAACACCCUGUGCCUGUCGACCUUCUAGUGACAGGAACAGUCCCAGCAGGCUCCGGCUUGUCGUCGAGCGCAGCUAUGGUGGUCGCCAGUACCUUGGCUUUUCUUGCAGUCAACGACAAGCUAGAUGACAGUCACGCGAGCAGAAAGCUCACGAAAGGAGAGCUAGUAAUGAUGGCAAUGGAGAACGAGAAACGAGUUGGCAAGCACAUCUUCCUUGAUCAAGCCGCAUCUGUGAUCUCGAACCCCGGAGCAGCCCUGUAUAUCACCUUCUUCCCAUCGCUCGCUGCUUCCCCAACACCUUUACCCAAGGGAGCUGUGUUCGUAUGCGCAAACUCUUUGGUAGUCUCUGACAAAGCCGUCACUGCGAAGACCAAUUACAACCUUCGCGUCGUCGAAACCCUUGUGGGCGCUCGAAUCCUCGCUAGGAGUCUUGGUGUCCAGCUUCAUGAUACGGAUACCAAGAAGGAAAAGAUUACAUAUAGGGAAGUACUAGGUCGUUUCGCUGGGGAAGAGGCUGGUUCCGAAUUGACCGUGGAUCAGUUGACCAAGGCGUUGGAGGGUAUAUUGGAGAACCUCAAUGGAUUGAAGUCGACUAAGGCUUCAGAACAUGGGGCAACGGGAGUCACGAUUGAUGAGAUGAUUGACUUGUCAGGGCUGACUGAGGCGGAGUUCACAGAAACGUACCUAUCGUGGAUCGAAGUUGAAGCAACAUAUUUCCAACUUUACAAACGAGCAAAGCAUGUUUUCUCGGAAGCCCUCCGUGUCUUACAAUUCCGACAGACCUGUCUAGAUGUAUCGGGUGAGGUUGGCGAGGAGGAGCCUGUUGAAGUCCUUCAGAGGUUAGGCGAGUUGAUGAACGAAUCCCAGGCUAGCUGCACCGAGCUCUAUGAGUGCUCGUGUCUCGAAAUUGACAACCUGACGAAGCUUGCUAGGCAAGCAGGAGCGCUGGGUAGCAGGGUAACAGGAGCGGGGUGGGGUGGUUGCACAGUCUCGUUAGUCCCGGAGGCUAUUGUUGAUUCGUUCAUCGCAAAGGUUAAGGAGACAUACGGUCCGUACAAAGAUCUGGAAGGAGACCGACUCGGUGAAGUCAUAUUUGCUACGACACCAAGCAGUGGUGCAUGUGUAUAUAAAUUCGAAGAGUAG